AUGGAUUCUCCUUUCAGUGAUAUAUGGUUCGAACAUGCGUCUCGACGAAAAGAAUUGCUCAUGCUCCACCAACUUCGAAAGCAAAAUGGUGACGUUGAUGACAUAUUCUUUCCAUACGGACUAGUUUUGGCAGAUCUACCACCUUGGGAGGUGCAGCCAGUGUUACUUGAUCGACAUACUGUAGGCUCAGACGUGGAGCGAACAGUUAUAUACGUAUCUGCUGCUCUUGACUAUAUCAAUAGGAAGACCCGUAAAUUGCAAACCGAUGCAUGGCUCUUUUAUGUCGAUAGAGAUUUGAAGCCAGUAUCCUGGAGUCAUAAAGCAUUUGUUCCUUACCAAUACAAUCAGCAAGUUGCAGAGCACAGAAUUGGCAAAAUCCUUAUGGUUGCCAAAACAGAGCAAGCGAAGGUAGACAAAGACAGUAUACCUUGGAAAUAUACAUGUCCGGACGGCACGAAACUAUCUGGCCAACUAAGAUGGUUUCCGCCUAGCUACGAGCAACAUAUUAAUCCUUUUUUGAAAUACAAUUUCCUCAUUGUUCAAAGUUAUUCUGACGAUUCAUAUUCACAUAUCAGAGGACAAGGCAUAAAAAAAUACAUUUACGCUGUGGCCAAUGCACCGGUUGGUUCGCCUGUAGCUCAAGUUGCAAAUCCACCGCAGUUCUUUCAUUCUCUGCCAGAGACGCAAUAUGAAUCUCUUUUCAAGAAGCGAGUCGUAACUUUGGCGCCAAAAAGAGUCUUGAGUGGGAACUUGCCUGCUCAACAAAUUGAAAAACGUCUCUGCUUUGGCCUUCCCUCCCCAGAUAAUGUGAACGAGUAUCACCCGCGCGAUUUUGCUCAGGCCCCUCUGUCUCCGGAUACUGGAGGCGCUACACAGAUCAAGGGAGAGGUGAUCCCAGGUAAUGCCAUACCAUCAGCUUCAACUGAGGGCUUUUCUGUCGGUCCAGAAAUCACGAAAGAGUUGCCACUCAACUCCACACAAGUACCUACUCUUCAAGGCCCUAAAGACUAUAUAGAAAUCAAACAGAAGGAAUUCAAUCAUUGUUGUGACAAAGCGCCUUCGUCUGGGGAAAUUGGCGACGGUCUGAAAAUCAACGAGGAGGAUGCUCCUCCACAUUUCGCAAUUCAAGUGUCUUCGUCUGGGAGCUUUGGGAGGGGUUUGGAUUUGAUGAGGAAUUAG